AUGAGCUUCUCAGAGGGCGACGCAAAGAAGGGUGCCAACCUCUUCAAGACUCGAUGUGCUCAAUGCCACAAGUUGAAGGAAAGCGAGGGCAACUCCACUGGACCCAAUCUUGCCGGGUUGUUCGGCCGUAAAUCCGGUCAGGUUGAGGGUUUCUCAUACACCGAUGCCAACAAGAAGAAGGGCGUCAUCUGGGACACCGACACCUUGUUCGCAUACCUUGAGAACCCCAAGAAGUACAUUCCGGGGACCAAGAUGGCCUUCGGUGGUCUGAAGAAGCCGAAGGACCGAAACGACCUCAUCACCUUCAUGCGUGAGGAGACCAAAUAG